AUGACUGUCCGGAGCCAAGAAAAAGUUUUUGAUCUUACUAUCAAUAGAGGAACUUUUGCUCCUGAUGGUUUUAAACGAGAUAUGUUUCUCAUAAAUGGUCAAUUUCCUGGCCCUCUUAUUAGUGCCACUAAAGGUGAUACGUUAGUGUUGAAUAUUAAAAAUGAUUUGGAUGAAGAUACUUCAAUUCAUUCUCAUGGAAUGUUCCAACGCGGAACUCCUUGGUAUGAUGGUGUCCCUGGACAAGGAAUUCCUGCGGGUAAAUCAUUCACCUACAAAUAUCAAGUUUGUCAAAGUGGUACUUUUUGGUACCACUCGCAUUCAAAAGUCCAAUAUGCCGAAGGAAUUAUUGGUCCCCUUGUAGUUUAUGAUCCGGAUGAUCCUUAUAUUAAUAAUUAUGAUGAUGAAAUUGUUGUGCAGUUACAUGACUGGUUUCACACCGACGCUAAAAUUUUAUUAGCUAAAUUAUUAACUCCUGAGAGUCGAGGGUUUGGUCCAAUUCCUGAUAGUGGUUUGAUUAAUGGAAAAAAUUCUUUUAACUGUUUGUCGGCUCCACCAGGAAUUGAAGUUGAAGGGAUGGUGAUUAAACCUUACAAAGUUAAUCGUCUUCCUAUUAAUGUUGCUCAACGUUAUUCAGUCAUUGUGAAGGCCGAUAAGUCGGUGGAUUCGUAUUGGAUGCGGGCCGAAAUAGAAACUCAAUGUUUUCCUAUCCAAAAUCCCAUCCUCGAUCCUAUGGUAAAAGCCAUCGCUACAUAUGAAGGAAGUUCAAAACAAACUCCAGUAUCAACUGCAUGGAAUGAUAAAGUUACAGAUUGUGUAGAUUUGGACCCUAAUAAACUAGAACCUUACUAUUCACAACACGUUCCUGAUGCUGAUACUACAAUAAAUUUAUUUGUUAAUUUCCGUCGGGAUGAAAAAAAUAUCACUAUGGGAUUUAUAAACAAUUCAACUUAUGUAUCAGACCUUAAAUAUCCUACAAUUUACAAAGUUUUGGAUGGCGUGACGCAGUUUGCACUUACUGAUAAUGUUUUUUUAAUUGAACAAAUUCAAGUU